AAGCAAACCGCUGCAAUAACCGAAGCGGGACUGGGAUUUCAACUACCUGAAAUACUUAUGCAGAUCGCACGCACUGUGGGAUUCGACGAACAGAGGACGCCCCGGAUUCUACAUCUUGAAUUCGCGCUGAUUGUACAUCAAGGCUGAAGAAAACAAUGGGUUAUCAGACACAGCCGCAUAGAGUCUUUUUCUCAGCUUUAUGCACUCUGUUGCUGGCUGUCACUUACUUCGUAUUAUUCUGCGAAGGUACCCUUGCCUCCCCGAAGCAUACCCACAUCCUUGACAGUCUUCCUGAACAAGUGCUCACUGCGGAAAUUCGACUGAGCUACAGAUGUCGAGAGGACAUUUUUGUCUACAUGACACACUUACAAAGUGGGUCCGAAUGGGCUAUGAAAAUGUUUGAUAGCACUGGUAAGCCGGAGAGUGGUAUCCUGUCAGGAGGACGUACUUUUUUGGGCAUGUAUUCCGAGUGCAUCGAAGCGCUGUCGCAAGCUGCCCCAUUGGCUGCUGCAGAGGACUACUCACAACCGAUGCCCGCGUUCACCAGCACCUACUGCUUAACUUCAGUGCGCCUAGACUCCGAACAGCGCACACAGAAACAGGGUGUAACUAGUUCUAUAUGUAAGAAGCUUUCCGGGGCGGAUAUUUCUACCGGCGUCUGCGUGCCGUCUACAUGCACCGAAGAAGACGUCAAUGCAAUUGCCACUUUCGUGUUGUGUCAAUCGGGCUGCAAUGGUAACGCAACAUCAACAAGGUGCCGAACGAAAACUGAGAGCUGGAAUACCGACAUCGCAGCCAUGGCAGUCACGUCAUUCAUUGUGCUCUUGGCUCUCGUUGCUGCUGGGGCCACAAUCACAGACUACUCUGGAAGGCUGCUUGAAAAAAGGAAACGCGUCCAUUUAGUCAUCGAUGACAAAAAGUCGCAUGAAGCAACGUUUACACAAUCCAAGCAAGUGCCACGUUUUGAAAACAAAGCUAAGAAGCUGUUUCUUUGCUUCUCUCUUCUGGAGAAUGGAACCAAAUUAUUUGGAAGGCAAAGCCCGAAGACGGAUUCAAUUGGCGUCUUGCAUGGGCUGCGUUUCUUCUGCAUUGCUUGGGUCAUUAGCAUCCACAAUCGAAUUAUACCUCGUUAUACCAACGUCUUUCGUAAUUCGGCUGACAUGGCGAAAGUAAACCUGAUGACGACGAUCAUCGACCGGGGAACACUAGCAGUGGACACUUUUUUGUUCAUUGGUGGUUUCCUCGCCGGAUACAUAAACCUCAAGUAUCUGGAAAAAAACAAUGGCGAAAAUAACUGGCUCCUUGCUUACGUACACCGCUAUUUCAGGACGAUGCCUCUGCUGAUGUCAACAGUCGCGAUUUGUGCUUUUCUAAUGCACUACUUUGGCGAUGGACCACUCUGGAUGGAUAUCAUUGGUCCAUACGAGAGCUCGUGCCGAUACAACUGGUGGACAAACCUACUCAACCUCCAAAACUUUAUUCACACAAACAACGUGUGCUUGCCGCAUACUUGGUAUUCAGCCGUGGAUUUUCAACUUUAUCUAAUCUCGCCCAUAUUUAUUUAUUUGCUUCACAGGUGGCCUCGUGUCGGAAUGGCAGUUUGCGGAGUGCUCGUCGUGGCAUCGACUGUUUUCAGCACAGUGUUUACGGCAGUGAAUGGAGUGGGGUCUGUGCCCGGUGUUUAUGACUACAUGCAAGAUGUCUAUAUGAAGCCGUAUUUCCGCAUCGCAACGUAUCUGAUUGGCAUUCUCUUGGGACACUAUAUUGUCUACAACAAAGAGGGCAUCGCAUUGAAAAAGUGCUAUGAGUGCCUGGGCUGGUUGGUGUGCCUGUUUUGCCUUCUGUUUGCCCUCCUUGGCCUACGCAUUAUAAAUCCUGCGGUGCAAAGUCCCUUACGCGGUGCUUUCCAUGCUGCUGCGCCGACGUUUUGGUGCCUGGGGAUAGCAUGGAUUGUCUACGCCUCCAUGGCAGGAUGUGGUGGUUUCAUUACCAAUUUCCUCUCCUGUGGUAUAUUUGAGCUGCUCAGCAAGCUUGUGUUUGCGGUAUACAUUGUGCAUCAGCCUCUUAUGUACGUAUUCCUCGCAUCACGACAGGAAAGCUUCGACUACAAUUAUUUCCUUAUGGGCUACUUCUUCGUUGGAAACCUCAUGCUUUCAUUUGCUGUCGCCGCAGUCUUAAGCCUAUUAAUAGAGAUGCCCAUGUCCGGCCUUGAAAAGAUUAUUCUAGGGCGUGAAUAAAGAAGUUUUGGGAGCAAUAAAAAUGUAACUGCAAGAAUAAUAACGGCAGUUGAGAGCCCAUUUCCGCCAGUCAAAUCUUGUUUGUUGGAGUAAUUGCAACCAGGUCAUCAAGCACUUCAACGCAAAAAUGUGAAGUAUUGCUCCUUGGAGUGCAAAACGAAGCAUUUCAGUUUACUCUGCUACCGGUAACCUGAUUCCGCGGCUGUUUAAUUCCGGUGGAUGUAAUCAGACAUGUACUUGACGAAUUACAAGCAAUAAAUUGCUUCUAAUCAGUUACGUUUUCGUUUUCUGGUGAUAUUGUAAUUUUACGAUUACUGGCAGUUUUCCUUGAACGAGUAAA